UGGUACCCAAAUCCCUUCACAUGAGGAGUAGCAGAAGUGGCUUUUCUACUGGCUGCAGCUGUAGACCCACCUCCUUCUCCAGCACAUAAAUAUUGCUGUUAACAUUAACUAAAUCACCUCUGGGCAGAGAAACAAAGUUCUAUAUGCACAGCCCAGCAAAGAGCAGCACACAGCUGAAAGAAAAACUCAGAAGACAGAGCUGAAAAAGAAAACUGGUGAUGGAUCUCAUUCCAAACUUUGCCAUGGAAACAUGGGUUCUCGUGGCUACCAGCCUGGUACUCCUCUAUAUUUAUGGGACCCAUUCACAUAAACUUUUUAAGAAGCUGGGAAUUCCUGGGCCAACCCCUCUGCCUUUCCUGGGAACUAUUUUGUUCUACCUCAGGGGUCUUUGGAAAUUUGACAGAGAAUGUAAUGAAAAAUAUGGAGAAAUGUGGGGCUCCUAUAUCAAUAGAAGGCUACAUAUCUUUCUGGAUGGUUUCCCUCACAAGUUGCUCACAUGGAAUUCUACACAUCUGCCCUAUAAACCAGCCCUAUCAUUGAGUUCUGUUGACUCACACCUUGAUCAUGUAAAUUACCAGCUUAUCAGAGGUACAGAAUAAGGACAAGACCAGAAAUCAUCCCUCCACCUACCUUGAGAUGAAUAUGUAACUGACUUUUCCUCUACUCUUUCUUUUCACAUGUAUAUCUCAUGUAAAAUGUAGAUUUUCUGAGUACAACAUGAAUGCAUAAUUGAUUUUUUCCUCUACUCUGUCUUUUCACAUGUAAAAUGCAGAUUUGAUGAGAGCUAAUUGGUGCCUUACAGAAAUGUAAUCAUUUACCACACUGCCUACUCUUUCCCCCCUUUUUUCCUUCCUGCUGGUUCUUUCCUCUUUAAAUUUGCAAGUUUCCAAAUCGCUCUUUGGAAAAACACAGGUCACAGGCACCCCUGUGGCUCAUGUGUUUCCAGGUGUACCCUCAAGCUUUGACUCAAUAAACCUCUAUCAAUC